AUGAUUGCCAAUUAAAGAGCCAUUUAAAAAAAGAGAAAUAUCCAUAAUAUUAUUGAUAAUGAUGAUGAAAUAGGAGAGGUAGCAGAGUGGGCUGGAGUUUCAGCUGCUUAGGCAAAAGAUGAUGAUGAUUUCGAUUUUGACAAUAAAUAAGUCUUCUAAUAAUCAAACGACCAUAUCGAAUAAGCCAGAUAAAAAAUCAAUUAGAAAUUAAAUAAGAAAGGAACUAAUGUAAAUUAAAGAAAUGGACCUUUAGUCAAUAAUCUCAAAGACAAGGCUAAAAGUUUAGCAUUAUAGAAUAAUCAAAGCAAUGAAGCCCCAAUUUAACAACAAUGUUAGUCUAGUGAUGAUGAAAAUGAGAAACCUAGGGUUGAUAAAGGUGAAGAGAGUCCAGAUAAAAAGGUUUUUAGAUUGUCAGAGAGAAGCAUUGGCAAAAUAGAAGAAGAAUUCGAAUAAGCCAAUAAAGUGAGAAUGAUGGAUUUAGAAAAGAAGAAAAAUGAAGUGAAACAAAUAAGUUUCAUUGAGGUUUGGGAUUAAAUGAAGGGUUCUUAAGAUAUCCGAGACCAGAUUGAAUUUAUCUAAAAAAAGACAUCAUUUUUAGAUAAACUAUUUGGAUGUUUCAGUAUCCAUUUGAAAAGUAGUAGACUAAUUUAAGAAAAAAAUCAAGUUUGCUUAAUGUCGUAAUUGUAAUUCGAUGAUAAUAACGAGUCUCAUUUUAGAAUUCUUUACACAAUCUAUUGCCAACUCAUGACUACUGACUAUUGUCUUAGAUAUGGUUCUCAUUGGGAAAUGAUUGGAUUUUAAGGCACUGAUCCAGCCACAGAUCUUAGAGGAGCUGGUAUCCUUGGAUUGCUACAAAUACUUGCGUUCAUAUCAGAAUAUAAAAUAUAUUUCAAGUAAACUCUGAAGAUCUUUCAAGAUAUCAACAUCCCAUUCAGCAUUACUCUAAUCAACAUUACAACCUUUGUAUUAGUUAGUCUCAAAGACAAUAAAUUAAAUUAACUAAUAAAUUAAGAAGAUUCUGUUAUCAGUGUUAUAAAUAAACUCUACUUUGCUGGGUUCCAUUUAUUAACCAAAAUUCUUAAGAAAGAAUAAAUAACGUUCCAUACGAUAGGUGUUCAUUUGACACAUAUAAGAAAGUAAAUACAUGAACAACCACAGAAACUGAUCAGAGAAUUUCAUUCAGAUAUUCAAAGAUUUUAUAAAAUUAAUAACGUCUGA